AUGGUCUUCUCGUGGGUGAUUCAGGCUGGCUGCUUCUUUGGCUUUAUAACAUGCAGUACACCCCCAGGUGUCUGGACCUCGCAGCCGACAGUUGUUACAUCUGUGCCUCCAUCGCGGACCACUGCCUCGACCAGUAGUGUAGCAUCUACUGGGGUGACCACGUCGUCUGCUGUACUCUCGUUAACCUCCACCCCGGUGACUUCCACCGGCACGACACUCGUUACUUCACCUGUGGCUUCUGCUUCUUCUCUUGCCUCAUCCUCCACCAUGUCUCUCAGUCUCAGCUCUAGCGUGAUCGCCUCGGCCACCCCCUCGGCCAGCCCCAUCAGUCACGGCUCGGUCUUGUCGAACAUCCUUGUGAUCGCCAAGGACUCUUCGUCUGCCGGUUCGGCUACCUCCGGUCUUAAUGCAUACGGCAUCCCGUACACCACUUUGCUGGUCCCCCAGGCGGGUGUUACCCUGCCGGAUCUCAACUCCAGCACUGUCGGCAACUACGGCGGGAUCGUCGUGGCUGCCGAGGUCAGCUACGACUACGGAGGAACGACCGGCUACCAGAGCGCCUUGACCACCGACCAAUGGAACCAGCUGUACGCCUACCAGCUCGAGUACGGCGUGCGGAUGGUGCAGUGGGACGUCUACCCCGGCCCCAACUUCGGCGCCAGUGCAGUGAGCGGCGGUUGCUGCGCCACCGGCGUGGAACAGUUGAUCUCGUUCACCGACACCAGUGACUUCCCUACCGCGGGAUUGAAGACCGGCGCCGGUGUCAGCACCGAGGGUCUCUGGCACUACCCGGCCACGAUCAGCAACACGACCUCCACCAAGGAGAUCGCCCAGUUCGCGGCCAACUCGGUCACCUCGACCAAGACCACCGCUGCGGUCAUCAACAACUUUGAUGGACGCGAGCAGAUGGCGUUCUUCAUCGGGUUUGCCACGGACUGGAGUGCCACGUCCAACUACCUGCAGCACGCCUGGAUCACCUGGAUCACCCGCGGUCUGUACGCGGGACACCGCCGGGUCAACCUGAACACCCAGAUUGACGACAUGUUUCUCGAGACCGACAUCUACCAACCCAACGGAACCACCUUCCGGAUCACCGUCGCUGACCUGGAAGGCAUCUCGGCGUGGGUGCCCACCAUCAGCGCGAAGAUGAACGCCGGCAGCUCCUACUUUGUCGAGAUCGGCCACAACGGGAACGGCAACAUUGAGCAGGCGUCUUCCACCGAUGCUGGAUAUGACGCUUGCAACGGCGGCGGCAUUGAGUACAACUCGCCCCCCGACACUCCCCUGGAAUUCAAGAAGCCCCUGGGCACGGGGACCGACCUCUGGCCCGCGAAGCCCACGGUCUACGACUGGACGGCCGCCUGCACCCAGCUGGAUGACCUGCUGGUCUGGUGGGCGACCCCCGCCAACCGCGACGCGUACGGCCACAUCUCGCACACCUUCACGCACGAGGAGCAGAACAACUCGACCUACGCGGACAUCUUCAAGGAGAUUUCCUUCAACCAGGCCUGGCUGAAGCAGGUCAGCCUGGACCAGGCCAAGUACUUCACCUCGAACGGGAUCAUUCCUCCGGCCAUCACGGGCCUGCACAACGGCGAUGCCCUGCAGGCGUGGUGGGACAACGGCAUCCGCAACUGCGUCGGCGACAACACGCGCCCGGUGCUGAUGAACCAGCAGAACAGCAUGUGGCCCUACUUCACCACCGUCGAGUCGGACGGGUUCGCGGGCAUGCAGGUCAACGGUCGCUGGGCCACGCGCGUCUACUACAACUGCGACACCCCGGCCUGCACGGUGCAGGAGUGGAUCGACACGUCCGCCGGCAGCGGGACGUUUGACGACCUGUUGGCCGUGGAGAAGGCCGACACGAUGCGCCAUCUCUUCGGGCUGUGGCACGACGGCUACAUGUUCCACCAGGCCAAUCUGCGCAAUGCGGACGUGACCCCGAUUACCGUCAACGGCGUGACGGCCAAGUACUCCAUCUUCCAGGCGUGGGUGGAGACGCAGGUUCAGGAGUUCGUCCGCCUGGUCGACUGGCCUCUGGUCACUCUCACCCAUCAAGAGAUGUCCGACAACUUCCUUGCGCGGUACGAGCGCGACCAGUGUGGCUACGCUCUGUCCUAUGCGGUGGCCAGCAAGAAGAUCACCGCCGUGACGGUGACGGCCAACGGCAACACCUGCAGCCGGCCCAUUCCGGUGACCUUCCCUGUGGCUCCCACGAGCACGCAGGGCUUUACGACCGAGCAGCUGGGAAGCGACCCACUGACCGUGUGGGUGCAGCUGUCCGGAUCUCCCGUGACCUUUACCCUGUCCACUCCUAUUGCUCUGUAG